AUGUCACCAAAGAUCUAUCCAGUAUAUCCGUCUGCCCUCCGAUCCAUCCGCAACCUCGCUCCCCUCCUGGACCGCGUGCUUGUCCAGCGCGUCAAGGCCGAGGCCAAGACCGCCAGCGGCCUCUACCUGCCCGAGUCGAGCGUCGAGAAGCUCAACGAGGCCAAGGUCCUCGCCGUCGGACCCGGUGGUCUGGACCGCGAUGGCAAGCGCAUCCCCAUGGGCGUGGCUGUUGGUGACCGUGUUCUGCUUCCUGCGUUUGGUGGCGCGGCUGUCAAGGCCGGUGAGGAGGAAUACCAGCUGUUCCGUGACAGCGAAAUUCUCGCCAAGAUCAACGAGUAAAACAAAGACGAAGAAAAGGCAAAAAGCAAUAAUACCCGACGUCAUGACGAGUGUACUAUACUGUGUACCAUACGAAUGAAAAGGAAAUUAUAAAAAAGACAAAUGAACAAUUCCAAAAACCUAAACUCUUUACAUUACAAAAUUUUAAGGAUAUGGCGACUUCAUGUACUCUAAGGCGGAGGUUUCCCUUGGAGAGGGGAAGAUAGGGGAAGAAAUUAAGAGACAUUUGGCAUAGACUGGAAAGCGAUCUAUACCCUCAGUGGUGUGAUGUGCGUUUUGUGAGUGAUUAUCGCGGAGGCUGUCGGUGUUUCUUUAAUACGAAAUCUCCACUCAUGGUAGUUAUGCUUUUUUAUACGGUUUAUUUUGGCUCUGGCUACGGCGUGAUUGCGAUGUGAUUGACGUUGAACAGGGGCUUAAUGUGCGCGUGUAGGUUCUCUAUGAGUAGAGAUACGAGCCCUUCAUUU